GGUUCGUGAAGCAAACAUGUAUUUCUUUAUUGAAUCGGCUAUUGCAUUAUUCGUUUCUCUUAUGAUUAAUAUAUUCGUUGUAUCAGUAUUUGGUGCUGGAUUUUAUGGUAAAAAUGUUAAACAAGUGAUUGAGAAUUGUACAGCUGAAGGUAAAAUUCCAGUUCUUUUUACAAAUACUACUUCCAGUUUCGAUCCAGAUAGUGUUGAUUUGUACACAGGAGGAAUAUUUUUGGGCUGUGAAUUCGGUAUAGCAUGUCUUUUUAUUUGGGCUAUUGGUUUAUUGGCUGCUGGACAAUCCUCCACAAUGACCGGGACAUAUUCUGGACAAUUUGCUAUGGAAGGUUUUUUAAACUUAAAAUGGAAACGUUGGCAACGUGUGUUACUAACACGUUCUAUAGCUAUAUUGCCAACUAUUUUAACAACGGUAUUUAGAGGCAUUGAUGAUUUAACUGGAAUGAACGAUUUCUUAAAUGUACUGAUGAGUAUUCAACUACCAUUCGCUGUUAUUCCAUUAUUGACAUUCACUAGUAGUAGAUCAGUCAUGGCAGAAUUUAAAAAUUCUAUUCCUGUGUCAAUUUUCGCUUAUCUAAUAUCCAUAGCAGUUGUGUCAAUUAAUUUAUUCUUGGGUAGUGUUGUAAUUAAAUCACGUUUACCGCAUCAUUGGGCAGCAUAUUUAGGAAUGGGAUUAUUAUUUGUAUGUUACUUGGGAUUUGUAUUUUAUUUGAUUUGGUUCGGAUUCAUGCAUGUACGGCGUUCUAGAAGACAGAUCCUUAAUGAUGUGGUGAAAUUGGAUAUGGAUCGAUCUCUUUCUGUGGUUGAUAGCGGUGCUACUUCUAUCAACAGUGGUGGCGGUGGUGAUUUGUUGAUUAGUGAAAAUUCUUCUCGUAACUUGAUGAUUCAUUCUUAAAUUGUAUAUGUGUGUUUGUGUGUGUGCAAUGAUGCUAAAGAAUUUGAAGAGUGAUUUAAACAAAUAUUAAUAAUAUUCAAUAGAAAGAACAUUUCAUUGAUCAAACCUUGUCUUUCUUAUUCAUCUGUACUACUACCACUACUCCGAUUAUUAUUACUACUACUACUAAUACUACUCCUACAAUAUUUAAUAUUAAAUUGAAUGACAUUUUUCUAUAUAUAUGAUUGUUUUAAUGUACUGUUAGAGCGUAUUUUAACGUUCAAACAAAAUUUUUAGUUGAUAAUUUAUCGAAUCGUAAACAAUGAGUGGUGUUUUUUCAAUCGAUUUAUUUAAUGUGCACUGUUUGUAGUAUUUCUUUUUUUUUUAUAUGAGUUCUAUUUAUUUUGAAUUAUUUGUUAUACUGAAAUAUUUUGCAAUAUUAUUAAGAAGAUAAACAGUGCCUAAUUUUCUUUGUUCUUUACUAAUCGUAAUAUUAUU